AGUUUGUUGUGAAAGGAAGUAGCCCAAAAAGUUACACUGCUAGCUUACAGUUACACGAGCCGAUCUGGAAAAGUCCACUAUGAAAGACAGGUAGAACAGGUGUUACUGUGAUAACGCACAAACACUGGCCGAUAAGGCCACAAAGAAACAGUCAAGCGGUCUAUUUUCAUCUCGACAACAACAAGGAAUCAUGAACAACAAAUUUGACCGAGCUCCUGGAGCGGGGAGAACCCGCGGAACUCCAGCGGAUCCUAGGCUGCCGGUUAACGUCGGGGGCAGUGACGCUGAAACCUCGCUGUUCAACCAAAGAGAGCCGCUGAGACAGCCGCGGACAGUGCCUCCUUUCCCGGAGAUCAGCACCAACGCGACCGCUGGAUUACCCGGAGGAAAUCCUCGAACACUUGGCAGCCCUCUGCAGAGCGGGAGCUUCAGCUAUGCCUCUGUCUCCAGGGGGGAUAACAAUGUGGACUCUAUGGUCAGGACAUCAACACUUUCAGCCAGUGCUCCAGAGUUCGUUCCUUUUGGAAUGAGCUCGUAUGAAGAGCCUGCACAUUAUGAUGACAGUGAAAGCUAUUACAGCGAGUCGUCGUUGGCUGAUACAGUCACAGAUUUUCUUGGUCACCUGAGCUCCUCUCCUGGCUCUUUCGAGUCUGAUGUUGAAUGGAUAACCAGUAUGCUUAACUCCUGGGUCACUACAGAAGAGCUGUUGAAGGAACUGGUGGAGCUGAUCUUUACGCAGUCUACAGCCAUCCCAAACUUUUCCUACACUGGUGCCAGGCUCUGUAAUUACCUGUCCCAUCACAUCGCUCUCAGCCCACAAAGUGGCACCUUUCGUCAGUUGCUUUUGCAACGAUGUCGGAUAGAAUAUGAACAAAGAAAUGAAGCCGUUCGAGGAACUCCGGAGGCUCAGAAGAAGUUUCACUCCUUUGUGUUAUUCCUGGGAGAGCUGUAUCUAAAUUUGGAGAUAAGAAGUGGAAAAGGACCUCCGAACAGAGCAGAUAUUCUUCUCUUGGGUUUGAAAGAGCUGCUGGAGAGUCUGCUUUCACAUCCUGUGGAUGCAAAUCUCAUCUGUGCCGUCAAGCUCCUCAAGUUGACAGGUUCAAUCCUGGAUGAUGCAUGGAAAAAGAGUAGUAAACCACACAUGGAAGAACUGGUCCGAAGAAUUGAGACUAUUCUCCUGGAUGCUACGUGCAGCAGGGAUGUGAGACAGAUGCUCCUGAAAUUAGUUGAGCUGAGAUCCAGCAACUGGGGCAGAGCCUGUAUGGCUGCCUCUGCCAGUAAUGCUACCCCAGACAACGACCCCAACUACUACAUGAACGAACCUACGUUCUACACUGAGGACGGCACGCCUUUUACCGCAGCAGAUCCUGAAUACGCAGAAAAAUAUCAAGAGCUCAUGGAGAAGCAAGACUACUUCCAUGAUGCUGAUGGUGAAAACGACAAUGAAGAGUACGACAUCGAUGAUGAGAUGGAUCCAGAGAUUGAAGAAGCGUAUGAGAAUUUCUGUUUAGAGUCUGAGAUGAAACGAAAGCAAUGACAUGAGCAGGAAGAUCCAUGACAUUCAGCAAGGAUUUACUGUGCUUUUCCAAACUGCAUUACAGGAAUGUUGAAAAGCAAAGGAUACUAACAUCAGGAAAAGCUCACAUCUUUGUUUUCCUGCAAACAAACGUUUUUUUUAACAAAGUGCUCUUUAUAGUUGCACUUCUGAACCUUCCUUCAGUUGGCAUGAAUGAGAAAGCGGGACAAUAAGUGGGAUAACUGUUUAAAAUGUUGACUUGUUUCAUUUUUGAUUUGCUGUUUGAUAUUUUUCUUCCUGGAGCUCAGUUUCUUUUUAACCAAAUGCCAAGAGGGAAAUAGCGUGCUGUGGACUUUUUUAGAGCUAAGACCUGAACGACAGAUACGUGUUUUUAAAUAUGUUCAGAAUUUCUUAAAUAUUAAUAAAUGCGACCCACCAUAACGGCCAGAACACAUUUUCAAAGAUCCAACCUCUUUGUUUAGAAAUGCACUAUAGAUGGGCAAGGCAGAUGUUUUUAUUGCAUAUUCACACAAAGUAUGAGUACAGUGCAGCCUUUACCUCCAUUAUUUUGAUAUGGUGCAUUGUAAAGUUGCUAACAUUGAAGAUUCAAAGGUUUUCACCCUUUUAUCUGACUGAAGUUCUCUGAAAGCAGGUCCUGAUCUUUAUGAACAGUUCGAUCCAUUAUUUGCUGGAGCCACAGAUCUGUAAAAGUUAUUUCAGGUUAAACCUCUGUAGUAAAUAAUCCAAAGACUCAGAAUGCAGUUCAUUCAAAUACAGUUGAUUUCCUAAAUGUUUAUGUUCACAUCCUGCGCCUUUUGGCGACGUGGCUCAAAUUCGUGGUCGUCUCAAGACUAAAAGACUGUUUAUCAGCAAGCCACAGAUAAUGUGAACAAAUGAUGUUUUAUAGUUUGUACAUAUUAUUUAUAGUGUUGUUUGCUUCCAAUAAAUUCUUUAUAAUGUGA